ACUCUGAAAUCGAAUCAUCACUUCUGCAAUUUCCUCUCCACCAUGGAAAACUCCUCUUUCCCUCGCCGAUUCGCCCUCCUCUUCGCCAUCUCCUUCACCCUCAUUCUCUGCGGCCACAUGAUCACCGCCACCACCGAAGGAUUCGAAGCUCCCCUCGCUCACUCAACUCCUCCACCGCCUCCGCCCGCUAUCCAUGAACACUCAUUCUUCUCCCACACCGCGCUCCUUCCUCCGAUCUUGUCUCACCUCGGCUUCCACCAGCUCGCAACGGCGGCGCCGUCGCUCUCCGACACCGCUGCCACUGGUUCCGCAGCCUGGACCGGUCCUUCCACUAUUUUUGCUCCCUCCGACGCCUCUCUCCGCACAUGCUUCUCUUGCUCCGUUCCGAACCUCCUCCGCGAACACAUCGUUCCCGGCCUCUUCACCAUCGAUUAUCUCCGGAAACUCGCUUUCGGCACUAAGAUCGAGACCUUGAGUCCAGGCCAUUGCAUCACCGUAACCUCCGAUACGCUCCAUCGGAACACGAACAACACCGCCGCGAAGGUCUUCGUCGGAGGCGUCGAGAUCACGCAACCGGAUCUGUUCAACAACGGCAUGGUCGUGGUUCACGGUCUUCAAGGCUUCGUCUCUCCGUUAUCUCCGUUCUCUUGCGACGUGGAGAGAAUGAACUCGCUCUCGUUUCCGUUCCAUCCAGAUCACCGAUCCGGUCACGCUCGGCAUCAUCUCCACCACUCCAACAGCCCCACGGCGCAGCCUGCUGCUAUGAUGCGCCUGAUGCUCCGAGACGCGAUGCUUCGUCUCCGCAACAACGGCUUCAGCAUCCUCGCCCUAGCGAUGAAGGUGAAGUACGCGGAACUCGUGACGCUGAACAACAUGACCGUGUUCGCCGUCGAUGACCUCUCCAUCUUCUCCGGUUCGCACGCAUACAUCAGCAACGUCAGGUUCCACAUCGUGCCAAACCAUUACCUGUCCAUCGCGGAUCUCGAGAAGCUUCCGGUCGGAACUGCUCUGCCGACGCUGGAGCAAGGCCAGUCGCUGCUCAUCACUACCUCAGGGGGAGGAGAGACCUUGGCGCCAAUGAGGAUUAACUACGUUAGGGUUAGGGUUUCGGAUGUGAUUCGCAACGUGAAGAUCGUGGUGCAUAGUGUGUACUUGCCGUUUCCGCAUAUUAAUCCUGUGGCUGCCGCUCAUGACAGUAUCUUAGGCGGCAGUGAAGGAGCGGAGAAUAUUCCAGAUUCUGCAGAGCAGACGACGCAAGGGACGUGCUCUGCUGUUGACGGACGUGGAAGUUGCGUCGUGCCUCCUAUGCCUGAUCAGGUUCAGGUCAAGCCAAUGGUGGAGAUCGAAGACCACCAUGGCCUGUGAAUAAUGGAUCAUCUUCUCUGAAGUGAAACUUUGUCACAUUUGUAGU